GUUAAUCAUAUUUCUCAAUUACCCUGUAACUUUUUACAAUAUCAUAAAUAAUACAACUCACUUUUAAUUCAGAUCUAAAAUAGUGUUCAAGUUCUAUUAAAAAAAAAAAUAGUGUUCAAGUUCAAGCCAAACAUUUUGAAUACCUGUGAUAGAAUCGGGUACGAGUCAAUUUUGCCCUUCUUAAACUCAAUUUCCAAACCCCAACGUGGUGGAAUGACACAAUUUGAAACCAGAAACCUUUACCAAAUUGAGUAGCGUCAUUUUUUCUGCUCCUCCACUCUUUCCAUCGUUCCGACUCCAUGGAUAUCGUCUUCCAUUUCCCACAGUAGUUCCACCUUCUUCUGGUUCGAAAAUGGCGUUUUUGUCAACAAAUACUUUCUCUCUCCAUUCAUUCACCAACAUCCCCUGCUCCAAAUUAUCGUCCUACAACGUCCGAAUUUCUAAAAAUAGCAAUCCAAAUUCUAUAACAUUCCCCAGAAAUCAAUCACUUACCUCUGCAUGUAUUCCUAAAAACAACUCCCAAACUUCAAACCCCACAAAUUUAAUCCCUCAUUUACUCUCAACCCACAAAAAAAUCCCCAAAAUUUUGACUGAAAAUGCUGUGAAAUUGCUUGUUGGGUCCUUAAUUUUGAUGGGGUCUCUUAGUUUUAGUACACCAGUUAGGGCAGUUCAAGUUCAAAGUGGUGUAAAUUUAGAGGAGGAGAGAGAAACCCAGAAAGAAACUGUUGAAGAUGAAGAAAUGUAUGAGAAGUUAUUGGAGCAAGAACCCAGAAAUGUGGAAAUCUUGAAGGUGGUUGUAAAUUUGAAGAUGAGAAAAGGGAAGACUAAAGAGGCUGUAAAAUAUGUUGAGAGGUUGAUUGAUAUUGAACCUGAACAAGUUGAAUGGAGGCUUUUGCAAGCUCUUUGUUGUGAAAUGAUGGGGCAAUUGAGUACAGCUAAGAGAUUGUUUAAAGAAAUUCUCAAGGAAAGACCACUUUUGCUUAGAGCUUUGCAUGGUUUGGCAAUGGUGAUGCAUAAGAACCAUGAGGAGGCAGCAGUUUUUGAUAUGUUGAACGAAGCUCUUAAACUUGCUGUUUGUAAAAAAAGGGUUGCUGAAGAGAGAAAUAUCAAGAUUUUGAUUGCACAAAUGCAUCUAGUAAAGGGGAAUUUCGAUGAAGCUUUGAAGAAGUACGGAGAUCUAAUUGCUGAAAAUCCUCGAGACUUUCGACCUUACUUGUGCCAGGGAAUAAUUUACAGCUUACUGGACAAAAAGAAGGAAGCUGAUGAACAGUUUGAGAUUUACAGAAAUCUUGUUCCAGAAGAAUUCCCACAAAGAGGAUUCCUUGAAGAUGUUGUAAUGGCAGCAAAAACAGAAUCGAGAGAACAGCUAGAGAAGGAGUUUAAGUCUCAGUUUUCAUAUAAGAGAUAACUAAGUUUUGAAUCUGUGGUCCCUGGCUGAGUUGAUGAACCCCUUUGCUAAGAAGAUCCUGUCUUAGGCAAUUAUGGAGGCUGGAAGCUCUUUAUUUUUCGAGAAAUGACCUGAAAGUCACCAGGAACCACAAGCUAACCUCACUAUCCCUUGCCUACAAUGGCAUUGUGUGUACAUAUAAUUUUCACUUGGUAAACUGAAAGUGUUGUUUGAUGUAUUUAGAAGUGUUUGUUAAACAUGAAGCUCCUUUUUCUGACUGAUAAUCUUGUAGACACUAGCCUGUGCAUGGAUUCUUGCUGCAAAAUGUUAGAAAAUUUUGUUUUAUUAUUCUUGAAAAUGAUAUUUGGUGGUUGAAA